AUGGCCGACAAGUAUCUAGCCGAUAUCCAGAGCCGUCGCACUUGUUACUCACUCGAGGCCAAGUCGCCAGUUAGCGACGCUCGAAUUGUCGAGAUAGCUCGGGAGGUGAUAAAGCACACGCCAAGCUCGUUCAACUGCCAAUCAACUCGACUGGUCGUUCUUUUACAAGAUGAGCAUGUCAAGUUCUGGGAAAUAGCAAAGCAGUGCUUCAAGGCUACGUUGCCCAAGGAGACUUACCUUGAUUACGAGAAGAAGCUGUGUCAGCGCCAGGGAGGAUAUGGGACUAUCCUUCUGUUUGAGGACCUGGAUGUAAUCCGUCGCUAUCAAGCUCAGUUCCCACGAUUUAUGUGGCAUCUUCCGCAAUUCUCGGAACACAACAAUGCGAUGCAAGCCUUCAACUUGUGGACAGCAUUGGCCUUGGAAGGAUUUGGAUGCAAUUUACAACACGUAAACCCGGUUGUCGACCAAAGAAUUGUUGGGCAGUGGAACAUCUCACCACAGUGGUCGUUGAAGGCACAAUUGGUAUUCGGAACCCCGACUGGUGCACCCGCCUCCGAAAAGUCAUUCGCACCAACGGAAGACCGCCUUUUCAUACAUGGAAUGAGUAGCUAG